GCGCUAACAGUGUCCUACUGACCUGCAGCACACGUGCUAGGCCUAGGUGUUGUAUUGCUAACUGUCACAGCAGCUGUGGUGGCAGUUAUGAUUACUGUUGGUGAGGAUUCAUCAAGGACUUGUAGUCAAUAUACAGCAACCAACAGGAAAUCCACUACUCCGUUCAGUUGGAGCUGACAGCUCAAAACUGAUUUCUUCUGGAAAAACACUCACUUGAGUGGGGAGCAACCAGGAGGUACAGGUAUUCUCGGAAAGGGAACCUGCUCCCUCCGACUCAGGCUCAUUUGGUAUCAUCUCAACUGUCAAUCCCUCUUCUGCCAGUCCAGCCAGGAUCCCAGUUCUUCAAAAAUAACCGCAUUUUUGAUUUUGACGGUGCCAUGCCCACCAACCAGUCCUCCCCAUGGGGUGGGGGAAAGCCCCGGGCUUCCUCCAAUGCCGAUAGUCCCACCUCUACAACAUCUGUCAGUACAAAUGCCAAGACAGUUGCGGCCACUAAAGUGCCUUUUAGUCAGCCUGCCCUAGAGCUGUCCAGGAGAAAGGACCAAGCCAAACCUUUCUCCUCAAAUGUUGCCUCAUCUGCCAUUAAGCAGACAGCAGCGGCCCCGUCUGUGGGUUCUGUAUGGGAGAGCGGGGACAGAAGUAAAACCAACACCCAGAGCCAAUUCACCACUGUGCCAGACGGGUCUCCAACCCUGCCACAACAAAUUAAUUGGAUUCAAGGUUCACACCAGUUACUGGCAGCAGGACAGAAGCAGGCUUAUAGCAGCCACAUAGAGACCAGUGCCCCUUCCUCCUCCAUCCCCAAGAAGGAAUGCCAAGUUGGGAUUAAUGUUCAGCUGACUGGCACCACGGAGAAAUGUACAUCGCUCCAGUCCUCUCAGCCAGGAGGCAGUUUAGCUAUGAGCAGAUGUCAGGCUGCGUCAGGUGAUGCGCCAUUAGGACUGGAUACCCUUUUGUCAGUUUGUCAUCAGGACCUGUUCAUCAAAGGACAACCCACUUAUAAACGAACUAACAAGUUGAUGUACGAGGCUGCAGACUGUUCUUCCUCGCCUUCAGUGCCUCCUCCAUGCCUUACUCUUUGUGAACACCAGGGGACAGCGUUAGGAAAGGAUGCCUCCAGCCUCAACACCACAAAAGCAGAAAUAAGAAGCACAACGAGAGAAACGACGACUAAGAGGAGUCAUUCAGCGAAACCGGCAACAAAAUCCAUUCAAACACAAAACAGUUGCACAGAAAUAUCUGCUUUAAACAAUCUGUUGCUGGUAAGAGGUAGUCCUCCAGCGGUGGUGGCAGCCGCUUCCCAGAGUAAGCCCCAAACAACUGCAUCACUAGACAUAAACAAGCAGGUCCCAGAAAGUCAAUGUCCACCAGGAAGCACCCUGUCCACAUGCGGAAGAACAAGUCCUCCAGCAGCCAGUCCUUGUCCAAAUGGCCCCACGCCAACUGUGCUCAGUGCCAGUGUCAGUGCCACUCAGGUGGAGGAGUCCACAACACUGGAUGACACUCUAGCCGUGGCCUCACAUCCUCCAGGAGCCUUGGUGGGCUCUGUGACCACCAAGAUCUCCACCAUCCACCUAACCAAGCAGGGGCAGUCUGCCUGCACGUCAUCCUCAUCUCCCUCCCCUUCCUCUCCCUCAACGUCAGAGGAGUGUCCGGUCGGAGAGACUCAGCUGUCUGGCCAGGAGUAUGUUAUGCAAGUGGAUGGAGGUGAGGAGGAGCUACCUGAUGAGCUAGAGAAUGCUUGUAGUGAUGAUGAUGAUUCAGACUGCUCAUCCAUCAUUGGGACCUCAUCCACAGCAUCCCUCGCACAUCUUUCCGGGGUUGAGGAACCAAUGUCGCUGGAGGUGGAAGAUGAACGAGAGGAGAAACCGGCUCUGGUUCCCAGUUUGUUCCCCAACUUCCCUUCAACACUCUACUUCAGCACCAUCAGUGAGAAAGUGGAGCUAUUGCCCGCAGAACAAAGACGACUGUUAAAAUGGAAGUUGAGCCCCGUCACUCCAAAUGUUGUCAAAAACACCAUCACCAGGUCACACUUCAAAGUCACCAAAAAAAGCCAUGACUGGUUAGGCUGCUGGGGUCACCACAUGAGGUCUCCUGGCUUCAAGGCUCUUGGAGAGCACCAGAAGUUGAAUCACUUCCCAGGAACCUUCCAGAUUGGCAGGAAGGACAGGCUGUGGAGGAACCUGUCCAAGAUGAGGAUUCGCCAUGGCAAACAGGAGUUCAGCUUUUUCCCCCGAACCUUCAUCCUGCCUCAGGACAUCAAGGUGCUCCGCAAGGCCUGGGAGGACAGUGGCUCCAAGCAGAAAUGGAUCAUCAAACCUCCCGCCUCAGCCAGAGGAGUAGGUAUCCAGGUCAUCCACAAAUGGAGCCAGAUGCCCCGCAGGAGACCACUACUGGUCCAGAAGUAUCUCCACAAGCCCUACCUCAUCAGCGGUAACAAGUUUGACCUGCGGAUCUACGUCUACGUGUCAUCCUACGACCCGCUCAGAAUUUACAUCUUCACUGAUGGACUGGUUCGAUUCGCCAGUUGCAAGUAUUCGUCUUCCAUGAAGACACUGAGCAACAAGUUCAUGCACCUGACCAACUACAGCGUCAACAAGAAAAACUCUGAAUACCAGACUAACAGCGAUGACAAGGCCUGCCAGGGACAUAAAUGGGCCUUGAAGGCAUUGUGGCAGUAUCUUAGUGCUAAGGGAGUCAACACCACUGUGCUAUGGGAGAAGAUUAAAGAUAUUGUGAUCAAAACCAUCAUUGCGUCAGAACCGUAUGUUAACAGUCUGCUGAAGAUGCAUGUUAAGUCACCCUACAGCUGCCACGAGCUGUUCGGCUUCGAUAUCAUGCUGGACAAGAACCUCAAACCCUGGAUCCUGGAGGUCAACAUAUCACCUAGCCUGCAUUCCAACACAGCGCUGGAUCUUUCCAUUAAAGGUCAGAUGAUCAGAGACCUCCUGAACCUGGCUGGUUUUCAUAUUCCCCAAAGAGAAGAUGUGGUCGCCUCCGGUAGCAGCACCUCCAGCUCCACCAGCAGUCUGUACGGGGGUACCAGGGAGAGGACCAGAUCUGAUCUGUCUGCUGAAGAGAAGGUCAAACGGGCAUUUUACCUCACACAUUGCGUCACUGACCAGGAUUUCGUCUCAACAGUGUUGGAUGUUUUGACUCCAGAGGACGUUCACAUGCUAGCAGAGAGCGAAAACGAGCUGAGUCGCAGAGGUCAGUUUGAGCGAAUUUUCCCAUCACCGACAUCAUCUCGCUACCUCCGCUUCUUCGAGUGUACGAGAUACCUCAACAUACUGCUCGACCAAUGGGAACAAAAGUACUGGAACAACAGGACCAAAGGUAUCAGUCUGCUGAGGACUCUCUGUCAGAAAAAAGUCCAUCUCGGAACCAAUGACCCUGCUCACAUGUGGUCCAAGUGUAGCUACGUCUCCCACAGACGUGAACUUGUCAGUCCAUCUAGAUCCAGAGUGGUGGUCAGCCUUCAGCACCGGUCCGACGAGGACGACGGUUCAGACGGGGAGGUGGCAUCCGUUUCCAGCCUGCCUGUUUCUCCAAGUCCUGGAUCUAGUGUCACCAGCAGUGCCUGUGCAAGCCCUCAGCCCUGCCUCACCCAGAGCCUGCUGCCCCAACACUUUUGCUAACAUGCUGCUUAGCACCCAGAAACGGAGCUCAGGGUCUAAGCCAUAGCCCUCACCUCUCUCAUAAACACGUUUCUAGUGAUCUUCAUGUCUACUGGCUCUGAAAAACACUCACUCUGGACCAGAAAUGUACUUAAACUAUAACCUUGAAGCUAUAAAUCUAUAAGUCUUAAUGCACACUCGAGCAAGGUCUGGAUUUUGGUCUUAACAGAAUUGUAGUUUGCAUCAGAAGGAGGUACUAUUAAUAAUGUGAAGGGGUGGGGAUAUUAGGGGGAAUAGCAGGCAGCUGAUUAAUUAUCCUUUCUAAGUAAGUCUCAAUUGCCACAACUGAAAAAAGUAUACUAUAUACGAAUUGGACUUCACAAGUCUGUUUGUAUGUUUUAGGCCAUUUACUACAAAUCACAUAUAUGCCAAUCGUUGUCCAGCCUUUCAGAUGGUGCAACGUCCCAUCAUGUCUGCUCAGCAUGUCAAACUUACUUUACUUUAAGUCAAUGCAGUGCAGACAUGACAGAUUUAACCUUCUGGUUCAUUCCGGUAGUAUAUCAAAGCAUUAUCUCAAGUAUUACAUUUAUCUCAUUAACAUUAUUAGCGUUUGAACAUGUUAUCGAUAUUAGUAUCAUUUGGAAACUGCAUUUACACAAUCGAGGGUGCUACAGAGGUGCUCUAGCCAAUUAAAUACUGGCAAAAAAGUUUAACCCAGUUUAACUUUUUUUGUCAUGCAAAGCAGCAUCACUUGGCUGUUUAAAUAAGUGUAAGCAAACAUUCCAGGUACCUUGCGAUCGUCAAGACGACAAAAUAAUUGUCACUGCGAUAACGUUUUUAGAGUUUUAACAUCCUGUCAGACAGUAGCGUAAAUUGCUGUGCAGUGUUUUGGAUUAACAGGCUUAAAAAUGUGUUGCUUAAACUUGACUUCCUGAAUUGUUCACACACCCCGCUUGUACUGCCACUUAGUGGCAGCUGCUCUGACACAUUCAUUUUCCCAAAAGGUUUGUCCUCACUGGAAUUUGGUACUAAACCUAAACUGUGAAUGAUGGGCUUCCUCAAACUCUGCACUUCAAAUCUGUUGGUUUGUGCACAUUAGAAGAGAAUGAAACCGCUAAGACAACAUUAACUUACAGACAAUAAAGCUUAAUAGCUUGAGCUGAACGCAGUGGUCCAAAGUUGUGGUGAUGAAUAAUGACACAAUACUGUGGUUUCUACUGUUAGUUUGGUGUUAAGAGGGCAGUCGAUCUUGUGACCUUCCUAGCCUUACAGACACAAGCUUUGUGUGUGUGUGUUUGUCGAAUGGAGAGGAGAAGAAAAAAAAGAGCUUUCAGUGGACAAGUUAAGGGAGGAACAGGGAAUCGGAGAGAAGGUGUGCUACAGAAAAUGACCAUUCUGUGCUCACCAGAUGUUCUGUGGCGCGUUGAGAUCUCUGCAGCUUAAAAAGUGUCAUUUUAGUUUUAUUUUAUUCUGGUUGAUGGUGUUGCUGGUGUGUUUGACAAAAACCUCAUUUUAGUUCACGAUGUUCAUUUAUGUUAGUGAUACUUGAAAAUGAAAAGGCAAACUUUAUUACUCUGCAUGUUGGUAGGCAAAAAAGUUACGCUGAAGGCAUUUGAUAAUAGCAACCUUGUUUGACUUUUUUUCAAAAGGGCUUUCGUUUUUCUGUGUGACGAUCACUUGUAUUAAAUAACAGUAUAGAGAGCCGAAGUCAUGACAUUGACUCAAGUACAGCGCUUGCUUUUACAAGUUAAAACCAUUGUGAUAUAAACAGCAGUUCAUUUUCUAGCAUGCAAACUACAGCUCCCUCUCAUUUUGCCAGUGGGGUCGCCUAAAGGAGGAGAAACAGAGUUUGUUAAAGGCUGCAAAGAAAACCUUAAAUAUUGAAUAAACAAACACAUUAGAUUUGAAUUGAAACAUAAGAAGUGUACAACGCCACAUACUGUUAAAAAGGUUCUGUUCCCAGGCUUGAUCUUAACUUAUUUAGGAAGUUUCUGUUUCACUUCGGCUCUCUGUACAGACUUUCUUAAAGGCUGCCAAAAUGUUAGUCCAGCUCUAGAAUUUAAACCCUGUAGACAAACCUAUACAAAGCACAUUCUUCGUUAUCAUUUUCCAGAAUCAUCCACACUGUGAGUGGGGUGGUUAAUGAAGAGUACUUAUUGUAUCCUCAGGAAAAGAAAAGUAUUUUAUUUCAAAAAUAUACAUCUACUGUGAGGGCACAUUCAGAGGAGUCAAACUACUUGAACUUAUGUGUGAAAAUGGAUAAAUCUUCUCUAAAAGCCAACCGCUAUGGUAACAAACCUCAUCUUCUUUAGUCCAGCGGCUUCUCGACCUCAGUCUUACUUAGAUGAAUAUUUGAAAUCCUCCAGACAAAGUCUUAAAGAAGUCCUGCUUUAUGUCCCCAUUGGAAUUUAUAUGAAAGUCACUUUUGCUCCCACAAUAUAAAAAAAGUGGGAGCUUGUUGAACCUUGUUGUUUUGUUAUGCUUUUACUAACGGAUGCCAAAUUGCUGUGAAGUAGUCAGUAUGUAGCGCACAUUUACAUCUUCAUGCAAGCAUGAGCAUUUCUUUGUGGGAUAUAAGGAGAAAUAAAAAGUAACAGAGGCUAAUUGUGACAGCAGCAUACAAACAAACAAACAAAAAAUCAGCUUGUGAUGUGGAGGCAAACACUAAAGGCCCAUUCACACAGAGGAGAAACACUUUUUAAACUCCUUAUAUUUCAAUAGGGGCUGCCUGUAAAAAGCUAUUUUACCAUCAUAUGUUUAUUUUUGUAAUAAUUGAUUCAUUUUUAAUCUAUAAAGUAUCACAAAAUAGUAAAAAACUGCUAGCACAAUCAUCCAAACCCCAAGGUCUUCAGACUGCUUAUUCAAUAUACAAAACCCACAAAAUAUUGAUUUAACAAGGAUGAGAAAAUCAGGGUAGUUUGACUUACUUGUCACAAUAGGCAACCAGUGAAUGGUGAGGUCUUGGGAAGAAAAAAACUUAAUUUAAAAUUAGUUGUCAGUUGUUUCUCAUCCCCUUCUCCCCCUUUUUCGAUGCACCUACUGUAAUGUGCACUACAUAAUUUCUCUGUCUGAACUGGGCCUGACACAGUAUUAGCCUCACAUCACGCACAUCCACAAUAAGGAAGCACAAAGUCGGCAUCAGCAGGACAUCAUAGGUGGUUUUGUAUGUUUUUUCCUCAUUCUCUAUAUGACAUAUUAAAUAAUAACAUGUAUUCAAGCCUGUCUGAGCUAAAACAUACAACAUCACCUGUGUAGUCAUUCAACAUAGCUGCUAUUGAAUCUUGGAUUGGUUUCAUGGGCCCCUUGAGACAUGAAACCAAAGUAGUCCACAGUAUGUCAAUGACAUUAUAAACAUUCAAAUUCAGUAGUGACAACUUGCUCUGACUCAUUUAGCUAAUCCCACUUUACA